AUGGGCUCCAAUCCCCUGGACCUCGACGCAGACCAACACGACGAUGAAAUGGACUCCGACUCAGAGCCCGAGCCCGAAUACAACGUCAAGACUGAAGCCAUGGACCGUUUCAUGCCUGACGCUGAGGGAACACCUACCGAAUCCACACCUCCCAAACUCAUCAACGGCCCCGGUCCAACACUGGGCUCAACUAAACAAUCUAUCAUGUCGAUCAUUGAUCGAACCCCGGAUACUGAGCGCGAGGCACUCUCCGCGCUACCUCCUACAGAUGUGCAGAGUGCUUCGCCGGAGUCUUCGGUGCCCUCUAAGCGCAAGUACGAGUACUCGCCCGCUGCAGCGGAAAAAGAAAACGCUGAGCCUAAUGAGCGUGCGGAGUAA